AUGUCAAACACCAGUAUCACAAAUAAACUUUCAAUUGAAGGUGUUGAUUUGAAGGAUAAACGUGUUUUAAUUCGCGUUGAUUUUAAUGUACCAUUUCAAGAUGGAAAAAUAACGAACAAUCAACGUAUCGUAGCUGCUUUGCCGACUAUUAAGUAUGCUUUAGAUAAGG